AUGUUGAUGAGAUCAGCAGGUAGCCAACGAAUUUCAAUAGGACGAUUUGGUUCUGACAUUCGACUUGUUGCCGAAGUCAAAGCUCCCAACGAGCAAGAUCUUGCCACUACCAUACGAUCAUUUUUUUCAAAACACCAUUGGAAAAAUUGUUUGGGAGAUGUAAAUGAAGCACUUGGUGGACCUUUCAGUAAAUGUUGUGUAGCCAUCGAUUUUACGACAGCACCUACGCCGUCACAUGGACCUUUGCCAUGA